AUCACAACUAAAACAAGAAGUGAUUAAACUUUCUUUUACAACAAAUUAAUUUCUUAUUUCCCAAAACAAAAUUAAGUGAACAUGUCUUGCUGUGGUGGAAGCUGUGGCUGUGGAUCUGGCUGCAAGUGCGGCAACGGCUGUGGAGGAUGUGGAAUGUACCCAGACAUGGAGAAGUCUGCCACGUUUAGCAUCGUUGAAGGUGUUGCACCCGUCCACAACUAUGGAAGGGUUGAGGAGAAGGCAGCUGGAGAAGGAUGCAAAUGUGGAUCAAACUGCACUUGUGACCCUUGCAAUUGCUAAGUUUAAUUUAAGUGUGUUUAUGUUAUAAAAGCUUAAUUCUGCAAUAAUAAAGUACAAUCAUGGAACUGAUCAAUUCUUAUGUUUGUGCCUUUCUUCUAUGUUUGUUUGAAGUGACAUAUUUCUGUAGUGUGAUUUGAAUUUGGGGUGUAACACAGAAAUAUACAAAUCAUAUAACUUACUUAAUUAAA